UCGGCACAGGCGCCGCCGCGGUGCCCGGCGGAGGAUGGUGCGCGGCGCGCCGGGGGCUUCCCGCCGCCAGAGCCGCAGCGCCGCAGCGGAGCCGGCCGCGGCGGGCAGCCGACCCCCGCACCCGGCGCGGGGCGGGCGGCCGCGGUGAGGCGCGGAGGGCGGCGCGGGCGCCAGAGCCGGGCCGGACGCCGCAGCCGCAGCCGCAGCGGCCAUGGGGGCCCUGACAAGCCGGCAGCACGCGGGCGUGGAGGAGGUGGACAUCCCGUCCAAUUCCGUGUACCGCUACCCGCCCAAGUCCGGAAGCUAUUUUGCCAGCCACUUCAUCAUGGGAGGAGAGAAGUUUGACUCGACCCAUCCAGAAGGUUACCUGUUUGGCGAGAACAGUGAUCUGAACUUCCUGGGGAACAGGCCAGUCGUGUUUCCUUAUGCUGCCCCACCUCCCCAAGAGCCUGUGAAGACUCUCAGAAGCCUGAUCAACAUCCGAAAGGACACGCUAAGGCUGGUCAGAUGUGCUGAGGAAAUGAAGAGCCCUGGAGAAGAAGCCAGCAAAGCCAAAGUCCACUACAAUGUUGAGUUCACUUUUGACACGGAUGCUCGGGUAGCCAUCACCAUCUAUUAUCAGGCCACCGAAGAGUUCCAGAAUGGUAUUGCCAGCUACAUUCCAAAAGACAGCAGCCUUCAGUCGGAGACUGUGCGCUACAAACGAGGCGUGUGCCAGCACUUCUGCCUGCCCUCCCACACCGUGGACCCCUCAGAAUGGGCAGAGGAGGAGCUUGUCUUUGAUCUGGACCGAGAGGUCUACCCUCUGGUGGUGCAUGCUGUGGUGGAUGAAGGAGACGAAUAUUUUGGCCAUUGCCAUGUCCUGCUGGGUACUUUUGAAAAGCACACAGAUGGAACUUUCUGUGUCAAGCCCCUCAAACAGAAACAAGUAGUAGAUGGGGUCAGCUACCUCCUUCAGGAGAUCUAUGGAAUUGAAAACAAGUACAACACGCAAGAGUCCAAGGUGGCUGAGGACGAAGUGAGUGACAACAGUGCUGAGUGUGUCGUGUGUCUCUCAGACGUGCGGGACACCUUGAUUCUGCCCUGUCGCCACCUCUGCCUCUGUAACACCUGUGCAGACACCCUGCGCUACCAGGCUAACAACUGCCCCAUCUGCCGACUGCCCUUCCGUGCACUGCUUCAGAUCCGAGCCAUGAGGAAAAAAUUGGGUCCCUUGUCCCCACCCAGCUUUAACCCCAUCAUCUCAUCCCAGACAUCCGACUCUGAAGAACAUUCAUCCUCAGAGAAUAUCCCACCAGGAUACGAAGUGGUGUCUCUUCUGGAGGCCCUCAAUGGGCCCCUCACCCCAUCCCCAGCAGUCCCUCCACUCCAUGUGCUUGGAGAUGGCCACCUCUCAGGAAUGCUGCCUUCAUAUGGCAGCGAUGGCCACCUGCCCCCUGCCAGGACGCUCUCCCCUCUUGACCGCCUAUCUGACUGCAGCAGCCAAGGACUCCAGCUCAAAAAGAGUCUCUCCAAAUCCAUUUCCCAAAAUUCUUCUGUGGUACAUGAAGAAGAGGAUGAGCGUUCCUGCAGUGAGUCAGAAACACAGCUCUCUCAGAGGCCAUCAGCCCAGCAUCUCACAGAGGAAAGUGGUGUGACUCCAGAAAGUGAGAAUCUCACCUUGUCAUCAUCAGGAGCUAUUGACCAGUCGUCUUGCACAGGGACACCCCUCUCGUCCACAAUCUCCUCUCCAGAAGGCCCUGCCAGCAGCAGUCUGGCCCAGUCUGUCAUGUCCAUGGCAUCCUCCCAGAUCAGCACUGACACCGUCUCCUCCAUGUCUGGCUCCUACAUCGCCCCUGGCACUGAAGAGGAGGGAGGGGCUCUCCCUUCUUCCCGGGCUGCCAGCAGGGACCCCUCAGAAGAAGGAGAGGGGCUGCCAGCAGAGUCUCCAGAGAGCAACUUUGCUGGCCUCCCAGCUGGAGAGCAGGAUGCAGAGGGAAAUGAUGUUAUGGAGGAAGAGGAUGGAUCGCCUACACAAGAAGAUGGCCAGAGGACAUGUGCAUUUCUAGGUAUGGAGUGUGACAAUAACAAUGACUUUGACAUCGCCAGCGUGAAAGCACUGGACAAUACGCUGUGCUCUGAGGUCUGCUUACCUGGUACCUGGCACGCUGAUGACAACGUUGUCAGUCAUCGUAACACCCCGCGCAGGCGCCUGUCAUCCAGCAGCCUGGAGGACCCCGAGAAUCGGCCCUGCGUGUGGGGUCCGUUGGCUGUUUGAGAGCCCAACUGCUGCACAGGGCUCCUUUCCCAUCCUCACAUUCCAUCUGUCCUCACUGGGCUGCCUCCUGGGCAUCCUUACCGAGACACAUGUAGACCUUUUAUACUCAUGUGAAAGCUGGACGUUGAGUUCGGCCUCUUCCUUCUCCCAGCCUCGCCUCCUGUGACCGUGGUUCUUCCCCUCUCAAAAGGGACAGGAAGCCUCCUUUCCUUUCUUCUUGUGGACUGAGGCCACUCAGUGAACUGCAGCUCAUGAGACCUUUGCAGAGACUCUCUGGAAUGUUCCCACUGUAUGUCAAGGUCCAGGUGGAGCUGAGGUCCGAGGCUAAUUGUUUCUCACACAUCUUUUUUCUCCUUAAGGGGCAAACCAAGAAGACUUGGAGUUUUGGCAGCUUUGUUAAAAACAUCUGGCAUUUUCUGGUCUCUGGCACAUCAUAACCAAUUUGAAACCCCAAUUGGGGGUGGGGAUGGGGGCUGGCCCCUGUGAAAAGGGAGAGCCACAUUGCACUGUACGUGGAGUUUUUCCCUCUGGAAGCAUCAGGAGCUCCUUUCUCAAGGAAAAGAGAGAUGGUGGCAACCAAAACUUAGUUAAAAAAAGAAGUAGCUAGCCGGGCGUUGUGGUGGGCGCCCGUAGUCCCAGCUGCUCGGGAGGCUGAGGCAAGAGAAUAGCGUAAGCCCAAGAGUUAGAGGUUGCUGUGAGCCGUGUGACGCCAUGGCACUCUACCCGAGGGCGGUACAGUGAGACUCUGUCUCUACAAAAAAAAAAAAGAA